AUGAGUUUUGCCCACCUGCAUCCACUCAAUGGCUCUCAGUCAUUGCUCGGCGAGGUAUCCACCAGGCCUCUGUUGGCGGCUUCGAUGGUCGAAUUGGGGAGUGCCAUAACUGGUUGCAGAUCGAGGAAUACCUGGGCUAACCCAACGUGCCCAGCACCCAGACUACAAUAUCUAACACCAGAAAGUGUCAACACAACAACAAAAGCACAAGUAGGAAUUGUCGUAUUCAAUCGUGUACCCAAAGUGGGUAGUCAAACAUUGAUGGGCCUCUUGAAAUUCCUUGGCAAACGUAAUGGAUUCGAAGCGCGUCGCGAUAAACCCUCCUUAAUGGAAACUGUACUGGUGACACCCGCUUUUGAAUUAGCGCUAGCCGAUGAGAUAAUGGAGAAAGGAGCACCGACAUCAUAUUCAAAACAUGUGGCAUUCAUAGAUUUUGGCCGCUUAGAUUUGCCAUGGCCCAUUUAUAUAAAUCUUGUGCGUCAUCCGGUAGAACGUUUAAUUAGUUGGUUUUACUAUGUACGAGCGCCCUGGUACAUUGUGGAGCGUAAGCAGAAUUUCCCCAAACAAUAUAAGGUACCGAGCAUAGCGUGGUUGAAGAAAACUUUCGACACAUGUAUUUUGGAAAAUGAUGCGGAGUGCAUUUUUGAGCAGGGCGACGAUCGAGGUUUGGGUGAUCAUCGCCGUCAAAUGCUAUUCUUUUGUGGGCAAAAUAAAGAAUUGUGUAUGCCAUUCAAUUCCUACAAGGCAAUGCAACAGGCAAAACGAAAUGUUGAAAAUUAUGCGGUAAUUGGUACUUGGGAGGAGACUAAUAUUACACUGACAGUGCUGGAGCAUUACAUACCGAGGUUCUUUGCCGGAGCAACAGAGACUUAUUACAAACCUGAAAAUCGUCUGCAUCAAGUUAAUAGAAAUUCUAUCAAACCAAGUGUGUCACAGCAACGUAGACCACGUAUUCGUCAUAAUGAAGUUCACGCACGAAGCAAUGAGAAUAUUGAAGAGCAACGCGAGCAAAAGCAUAGUCCGCAUCAUCAUCGACAACGUCAUCAUCAGCAUCGUCGUCAGCAAAAUGGAGAAAAUGCUCGCAAUAAUGACGAAUAUGAAGAAUCGCUCGACGAUGCAUAUGAAAAUGAUGAAAGUCAUGAAGAUACUCCAGAGUGGGGCCUUAGCGCUGACGAAUUAAAUAAUACAAAGAAGGCUGACAUAGAUAUGGUAUUCUUUAAUCGGGUAGCCAAAGUGGGUAGUCAAUCUUUAAUGGAACUUAUGUCACAUUUGGGUCGACUCCACGGUUAUAAAGCAUCACGCGAUGCUGGCAAGCGUUACGAGACUGUCCUGUUGGCACCACAUCUCCAGCGGGAAUUGGCAGUCGAGAUUUUAGGAAAGCAAAAACCACAUGCCUACUCUCAACAUUUGGCCUAUUUGAAUUUUACGCGCUUUCACUUACCCAGACCCAUUUAUAUUAAUUUGGUUCGACAUCCUAUCGAUCGUGUCAUUAGUUGGCACUAUUAUAUUCGUGCCGAAUGGUAUUACAUAGAUAUGAAGGCUAAGUUGGGUGAUAUGGCACCACCACGACCUUCGGACGAAUUCAUGAAUAUGGAUAUAGACACAUGCAUAAAAACCAAAAGUAUAUUAUGUACAUUCAAUCAGGAUGAGGCAACAAAUGAAUCCGGUGAUCAUCGCCGGCAAACACUAUUCUUUUGCGGACAAAAUAAAAAAUUGUGUAUGCCCUUCAAUUCCGUUGCGGCAAUGCAAAAAGCUAAACGAACGGUCGAACAAGAAUAUGCCGUUGUUGGAACGUGGGAAGAUACAAACAUAACGCUAACAGUGCUUGAACACUAUAUACCGAAAUAUUUCAAACAUGCAAAAGUCGUGUACCACAUGGGUAAAGAACGCUUAUCGUCUGUGAAUAAGAAUCCAGCAAAGCGACCAGUGAGCCAGGAAACGCGUGACAUCCUUAGCAAAAAUUUCACCAACGAAAUUGAAUUCUAUGAAUUUUGCAAGCAACGUUUAUAUCUACAAUACAGCGCGAUAAGUAAAUUCAACAAAAUCGACAAUGAUGACUAUGUUCUAUUGCCGCAUUAUAGUAAUAAUGAUGAAAUAUAUAAUGAGGAUUAUUAAAUAUAUAUGUACUAUAAGGUGAUUCAAUAAGACCGCAGAUGUUCGUAAUAGGGCGAUUGUUUCAUUCGCUGUGUGGCAAC